CUGAGGGCGUUGGACAGGAGGGCGACGGGUUAGUGAGGGCGGACGGGGUUUGACAGAGCAAAACGACAGCGGCAGCGAGGAGGACUCGGGACUUUCCCAGCCGCCUGUUGCUGAGUCACGAAACGCGCCAUGGCCAUGUCAGUGUGUCCGCAGUUCCUGGGAGGUGAGCACACACACACACACACAGCGCGGUCGCAACGCGCUGCCGCAGCAAGGCCUGGAUCUGUAGAGAGGCGGAGGAGAUAUGUGGCUUUGGCUGAGCUUGGCUGGGUGGUGCACGAGUGACAAGAUCUGUGCAUCUUGGCCUGUGAAUCGGUCAUCCGGUAUGUGUUCUGUGUCUGUUGUGCUGUGUGUUGUGUGUUAGCCCCCAUUGUUGUGAAGCUCACGACGGGUGACAAGUACAUGGGUGAGCUCUUCUGCUACGACAUCAGUGCCGAGUGCGUCAUACUGAGUGAGUGGAGUGAGUGAACCACUGGACAGCCAGCCACACACACCGACACAGCCCAUCUGUGCCCCCGGGGAUCUCACCCACCCCUCAUCGGUGUGGUAUAUCCUUGUUUGUGUGACUGCGGCUUGCCCAGGGGAGGAGGGGGCCGAUGGCGCAACGAAUUACCGCGUCAUCAAUUUCAACGUCAUUGGAGAUGUCUCAGCUGCUGGCGCGCCCAAGAAGGUAGGCAACCAAGCGACAGGGGGACGGAGACGGGGGGAAGAGAUGGUUUUCGUCGUGUGGCUGUUUGUUAUCUAUCUGCAGGAGAUUGAUCCGCACCUGCCGGCCAUUCCCGAUGAGUGGCUGGAGCAUCGCCGGCGCGAGGCCAAGGAGAAGGCCGCCAAGGAAAGGCGCACAUGGGGCGUGGGGGUCAGCAAGGACGCACAGGACCUCUUCGACUUCCUCCACAAGACGUGAGUGAGCACUCAUUCGGAAGCUAUAUAGCUGCCUGCCUGCCUGCCUGACCAAAACGACACUCCUCACCUUGAUUGCCCGCUCAUCCUGCUCUCGCUCCUGUGUGUGACGCGAUUGGUUUGCGGCUUUUGUCGCUCUGUCUGUUAGUGCUCCGGAGCAUGAGCUUCGUUGGGACAAGCAGGACAUCAUCUGCUUCGGUGUGAGGGUCCGGCCGCCAUACCUCCCCGACAAGUGCUCUGGCGGUGACCCCAAGGCGCAAGAACGAAUCAAGAAAAUCGUAAGCGGAGCAAACAACAAACAUGAGUGAAUGUCCGAGUGUCUGUCUCCCUGUGUUGCUCGACCGACCAGCUGGCGAACUUCCACGCCAAGAGGCAGAAGCGCGCCCGCGAGCAGGCCGAAAAGGACCGCGAGCCGGCCGCCGUUUCUGCCAACCAAUCCCAGUCCCAUGUGCACACCCCCUCGACGCAGUCCUCGAGCCCCGUGCACCCGUCGCCCUUAUCCUACCACCCCAGCCCCAACAGCAAGGCCGCCCACCUGCCCAAUGGCGUCAGUGUGCCCUCCAAGGGCUCCCCGGCCGACAAGGCUCGUGUGUCGCCCCAGGUGACGCCCAAGCAAAACGAGGCCAGCGAGGCCAACGACAUGGUCAUGGCGGGAUGAUGGGAUGGACAAGGGGCGAGGGGCGAGGAGGGAGGGGCGUGGCAUCAGUUGUGUCUUACGUGUGUUGGUGUGUGUAUGGAUGGUACGUACGGAUCGGAUCUUUCUUCUCUUUGGGUGGCGAAUGGAAUCAUGGGCAGGGCAGCCAGUGAUUCUGUCUGACUGACUUGUUGUCGGCCCGGCCGAUCGCUUUUGUGCGGUCGGUGCUGUGUGCACCGCACCGCCUGCUGCAGGCUUGGCUGAAUGAAGGCUUGCAGCACGUCGGUCCCUGCAAAGAGCGCACACGACCCGACCAAAGCCACCAGCCGCCCGCGUCACUGAGAGACAGACAGACAGACAGGUGGCGUCGUCCGACUUGUUUCCUGUACGUGUCUGCCUGCCUGCAAACCUCCCUGCCUGAGACAGAACAGGAUGGAUGGAUGGAUGGAGAGAGGGCUCGCUUGCUCUCUCACGGUCCACACACACACGCACCGCACCUAUCUAUCUGUUGCGUGUGGGCGCACCGCACCUGUCUGUCCAAUGUGAUAUGGCAUAGAGGGGAAUACAUGAGAACAUCCUGCCUGGAUGGAUGGCUGCAUGGGGGGGUGGGGGAAGCCAGGUGAGGUGAUCGGCCUGCACCCCUGUCACAUCCCUUGCAGCAGAGUCUUUAUCUUGCUGUGUCUGAAAGUGGGCCGGUGACUGAGGGAGUCAGUGAGCGUCGUUUCGCUUUCAAUGCAAUGGCGCCAUGUACACCGCAAUGCAGUGAGUUGCUGGCCAACAGAUGCAUCAGGAGAGAGGACGCUACGCAGCUGGCUGGGCAGGCAGGCCCCGCACACACGCAACUGUGCGUGAGUGUCUCUCUCUCUGUCUCUCUGUGUGUGUGGUGUGAGAAAGCGAGGCGAUCAGAUCGGGCGUGCGUGCGUGCAUGAGUGUAUGCAGGCACACACUGUCCAUGGCUAUCAGCGCUGUAUAGUCCACGUUCGAUGGUGAGUGAGAUGGAUGGAUGGAUGACACAAUUCAACUGCGAUGGAUGCCAUGCAUGGACUCCGGGAAAUCCCACUCUCGCAACGCGCCAUGCGUUGCCAUGCAUAUCGAUGAUAGAUAGCUUUGGACAGACAGACAGACAGAUGACCGUGCCGUGCCGCCUCUCUGCAUCAAUCAAUCAAUCAUCC